AUGUCCCCACCAAAAAUACAGGUACCCGUUGUGGCAAGUUUGAAGCUUUCUAGCUCUAACAUUGUGCACGGCUGUCCUGGAGUUCCUCGAAGUAUCCCACGUAUCGAGACCACAAUAGAGCUACGGCCAGCGCAAUGCAAACCUUUUCGUGUUCGGUCAGUAGGAGUUGAACUAAGAACGAUACAGAGAGUCAUCGUUCCAUCAACUAUAGGGUCAAAUGAUACUAUCCGAGAUUACAAGAUAUACGAAGAUCCUAUGGUUUUCAGACCACCAAUUGGUGAAUUCAGUCAGGAAAUAAUAGGUAUAGACAUACCAGUAUUAAUUCCACUCCCACGAGAUAUAAUAUCCAGUGGUACUUUUCCUCGCUGGAAUGCAACUACAAGACAUAUGUUGUACGUAAAAGUUAUAUGUGGGGAUUCCUUUGAUACUGAAGUUACCUAUGUCGAAAGUUUUCCAGUUGUGAUUAAACUCUAUGACACUUUACCAUUAUACAGACAAUUUAACGAGCCAAUAUUUGAAACACAAACAUCAGGAGACCAGCAAGUCUUGGUAGACUUAUCAUUACCGGUGUCUUGUGUUGGACCCAAAGACGAUAUAAUAUUAUUUACGAAAGUUAUGACAAACUCCGCAAUCAGGACAGUUAGUAGGAAAUUACGACUAAACAAAGUUACAGUACAAAUCAAAGAGAUAUUAGAAUGCCAUGAAGGUGGGUUACCAGCGAAAAAGGAGAACAAGAUAUUCACAAAAUCUGAAGAAUUUAAUACUGAGAAUAACAAUCUAAAUACCCAAGGCAUAUCGAGUCAAUUUCAGUUUGGAUUUCCUUCGGAAAAUGACUUUUUACAAAUGUUCACAAACAAGGAGUGGCAAUAUACCAAUAGCGCUUCUGAUAAUGAUGAUCCCAUGAUAUCCAUUGCAAACUAUUUAAAAAAUAAGAAUAUUGAUGUUGUUGAUGAAGGUAUACCUGUGACCCACAUCCAAAGCUUUACUACUUUAGGGAAACUUUUUUCAAUACGCUUCGAAGCUGUGCUAAAAAUCAAAUUGAUUCAUGGAAGAAACUUGGAGACCCGAAUACCGAUCACAGUAUCUCCCUAUGAUCGCAUAAGUAGCGAGUAUUUGCUUCAAUGGAUUAUGGAUGAAUGUGAGAUCUCGCGUGCCAAGUUUAGUAGAAAUUUAAUUAACAAAAUUGCGGAGACAAGUUCUUACGACGAAGUCCUUAAGUUAAUGAAGAGUUUCAUUUCGCCUCCAAUAGUGUACAGCAAUACUAAGAGAUCAUGGUUUAGACUUGGAUACAACGGUGACCUCUAUAGGUCAAAAAGUCAAGCCAUGGGUUUGACUCAAUAUAUUGACUGA